CUAUCUGUAUAAGUUAUGGUUCACUCACCUGCCCAGAGCUUCCUCCUUGGUCCUCUCAAGCCACCGGCCGUGGGACAAGUGAGAGGAGAAGCCCAAAUGUCUCCCCACAAGCCCAUCACAGUGAGUGACUAUGAGGAGUGUGCCAGGUGCUCGCUGGGGAAAUCCGUCUUUGAUUAUUACGGGUCAGGGGCAGACGAUCAGCAAACGCUAGCGGAUAACGUUGACGCAUUCUCAAGGUAUCGUUUAUACCCGCGGGUGCUGAGGGACGUCUCUGUCACUGAUCUAUCGACGACAGUUUUAGGCCAGAGAAUCCGCAUGCCAAUUUGUGUAGGAGCCACCGCCAUGCAGAGAAUGGCCCACCCUGAUGGGGAGACGGCUACGGCCAGAGCUUGUGGGGCCCUUGGCACUGGGAUGAUGCUCAGCUCUUGGGCAACGUCGUCCAUAGAAGAAGUGGCGUCGGCGUCCCCCGACUCCCUGCGCUGGAUGCAGCUCUACAUCUACAAGGACCGGAGGCUGACCCAGUCCCUAGUGCAGAGAGCCGAGAGAUCGGGGUACAGAGCCAUCUUUUUGACAGUGGACACCCCGCGCCUGGGGAGACGUCUUGCUGACGUGCGCAACAAGUUUCAGCUUCCCCCUCAUUUAAGGAUGAAAAACUUUGAUACAGAAGAGCUUGCGUUUUCCUCCAAGCAAGGCUUCGGGGAGAAUAGUGGAUUAGCCGUUUACGUGGCUCAGGCGAUCGACGCUUCCAUCAACUGGAAUGAUAUUGAUUGGCUCCGGGGAAUCACAUCACUGCCCAUUAUUGUUAAAGGCAUAGUGCGAGCUGAUGACGCUAAAGAAGCGGUAAAACGUGGAGCAAGUGGCAUUCUUGUAUCUAACCAUGGCGCACGCCAGUUAGAUGGAGUCCCAGCAACAAUUGAUGUCCUACAGGAAAUAAUUGAAGCAGUAGAUGGAAAAGUAGAAGUCUAUUUGGAUGGCGGAAUAAGGAAAGGAACAGACGUCCUGAAAGCGUUAGCUCUUGGGGCCAGAGCAGUUUUUGUAGGACGGCCGGUACUGUGGGGCUUGGCAUAUCAGGGAGAAGAAGGAGUGAAAGACGUUCUUAAUAUAUUGAUGGAAGAACUGAGACUGGCCAUGUCUCUUGCAGGCUGCUCUUCUGUGAAUGAAAUAGACAAGUCCCUGGUACGGAAAACUCAUUUUGCCUCUAGACUUUAGCGGCUGAACUGCUGGAAAGUGCCAUUUAUUUCAUUUGCGAUGUGCUCACUUUUUCUGAUGUCUCUUCCAACUUGUAUUUUUAUGUCUGAUGUUCUGUAUUCUCAUAAAGUUGUCACUCGGCUUUCAAGCUGAAACUCGGGGCAAAUUGGGUUUUAUUGUACCACAAUGAAUAUUUAUAUGAGGCGAGCGAAAGUUCCAAACAAUGUAAAUGUUAUUCAUGGAAUCUUUUAUGGCUCUUAAACCUUCAUGCAAAAUUUAGUACCACUUGGGAGAUGUGAGUUUAAACAGAUGGAAAGGGUUUCUCUUCUUGCCCUCUCACCAUAUUGAUAUAAGCAUUUGUACAUAGACCCAAUGCCUAAAUUGGUAAUGUCUGUAUAGUAUUGAGAAUGGCUUGUCUUGCCACACAUGUGCCUCUAAAAGAAGCCGUUCCAGGGUGCAUAUUCUUAUAUUCUGAUAUAUUAACUUAACCACACCCCACUUUAUGACCAGAGCACCCACAAUUCUCAUAGUGUGAGGCCUUUGAGGUCAUUCGUUUCAUAUUCCUUACUGUCCCAAUGCCCAACCAUUCUUCCUUUCUUCUUUCUUUUCAAUUUCUUUUUAUUGAAUUUUAUGAUAAUACAUCAAUAAACAAUUCAUUUAAUUCAA